UGAUGAUGAUAAAUAAAUGGUGGGCCGUUCUAUAUACUUCAAUCAUUAAUCAUAGCACACAAAAUUCCAAACCUUGAAAGAAAAUCAGUGGGCUCAAGUCUCUACAUUUCUCCAUCUUCUCUCUUGAGUCAGAUUCUUUCCUAUAAGCUUGCGUUCCUCGACUUCUGUUUUCAUUUCUCUCAGUUCUCUUCUUGUUUUUUGAUUCUUGAUCAUGAUUCUAAGCAAGAGACCUCAUCUAAUGAUCCGUAAACUGUCGGAGAUGUUGGUUCCUAGAAGCCGAUCUGCUAUUAAACCGGAAGAUUACUCGUCGAGUCCCAGAGGUCCGUUAGAUUUAAAAUUCCCGUCACCGGUUAACUCGAAGCGGUACGGUUCCGGUGGUAUCGGUUUGGGUAUCGUCGCUGCUUUGGAGGAAAGCAGCAUCGGGAUUAACCGGUACGAUUCGGUUCGAUACUCCGGGAGAUUCCGAUGCCCGGAGAUUGAUCUAUCGGAGGAGGAAUACACCUACGUGACGAGCCGUGAUGGGCCGACCAAAGUGUAUUACAGCGACGACGGGUUUGAGUUGUUUGAGAAUAAUGGGUCGAAACCGAUGGUUAUCCCCGAUGAACCACCGGUUAUUGAGGGACGGAUGUUUAGGGAUUCGACAGAGUUUCUGAGCUCGUGUUGCUUGUGUAAGAAGAGACUUCAAGGCAAAGACAUUUACAUGUACAAAGGAGAGAUGGGAUUUUGCAGUGCAGAGUGCAGAUCAGUUCAAAUAAUGAAGGACGAGCGAAAUGAACAAUGUACAUCGCAAGUUUCGAGAAACGUUGACGUUUCAAGCACUCCUUGCACCGGCGAACAUAGUUUCUCCGCCGGGAUAUUCGUAUUUUAGGAUGGGCAAAAUAAUUUGAAGUGAAGUAUAAUUCAAAAAAAAGGAAGAAAAAAAAAAAAGUGAGCAAAGAAAAAAGAUUGAAAUUUUUGGUUAGGUUAAAAGCAAAAUGUAUAGAAGCUUGCUUUUGGUUAAUUUUUGUUUUAAUACGGUUUGAUGUUUAUAUGCUGUUGUCUCGAAAUAAAAGACAUAAAUAAAAAUGCUAGGGCAAACUAUACACCCAAACUUCUCAAACUACUGUGUGUAAUCAAAAUAAUCAAGUGAAAAUUUGUAAGAUUGGGCAAGACACGUGUCUACAACUUUGUGACUAC